UUACCUUCCCAUCUAGUUGGGAAAUUCACUUAGCCGUAUAGUGCACUCAAUAUAAAACCCACUGCCAGAGAAUCUGAGUUUUAGUAUCAAUUCAAAUAUGCAACUAGGUAUUAUAUUCGUGCUUCUCGGCUGGAUUGCUGUAGCAAAUUCGAUUGACCUUCGCCAAAGGUUGUUAACGACAUCGAAAGAGAGUUUAUCUAAGGUUUUAAAUGAUAGUCCUGUUUCUCAGGAAGUUUUAAGGAAUAUAAAACUAUGCAAGGCUGUUGAGAGUACGAGUUCGGAGACUACAGAAUUGCCUUCUAGUAAAGUUACUCGUGAAGAGGUCACCACAAAAGGGAUCGUUACUCCCAAUGUCACAUCUAGCUUACCAGAUGGCAAUAUAGCAUCUAAGACUAAGGAAAGGAAGCUGAUACCUCUACCAACUCUAAAAUCCACCAGCCCUUCAAACCCUCCCCAAGUCAGCAGUGGAAAAGAUAACAAGAAUCUACCAAGUAACGGCAUAAAAAGUCUAAUUCCAUUGCCGAAAACCGCUUCGGAUAUUAUUAAAGGAAAAGAUGAUGAAAACAAACAUAACUCCACUUCAAAAAAACUUGGACUAUUACCCACGUCUAAGCCAUCUUCCACACCAACCACAACCGAAGAUCCGGAAGACUGUGAAACUCUUCCCGAAGACAUUGGCUCACGACUAGAUGCACAAACUCUGAAAUCUCUAGUUAAAAUUAUAUCAGGAUAA